GAUGGAGAAGAGGACUGUGGAGAACCAGUACCAGACACAAACUCCAGUUCAGAUGCAGAUGAUGUGGCUUCAGACUCUUCUGAACAUGACACUGAGCACAGUGAUGAGUGGAGGGAGACCAGAGAGCCUCAGUCCGCAUCAGACUCUCCAAAAAACAAUGAAGCCACUGUAAGUAAUGAGAGACAUCAUGUGGAUGAGAAACAAUUUAUCUGCUCCAGUUAUGGUAAAAGAUUUGAAUGCCAGAGGAAGUUGACGAGACACAUAAAACCCAUCAAGUACAGAAGCCAUUGAGCUGGUCUGAAUGCAGCAAAACAUUUGGAUCCAAGAGCCAUCUGAAGGAACAUAUGAGAAGUCAUACAGAGGAGAAACCGUUUCGAUGCCUUGAGUGCAGCAAAACAUUUAAACACAACAGUAGCCUGAUGGACCACAUCACAAUUCAUAAAGAACAAAAACCGUUUAGAUGCCACAAGUGCGAGAAAAGGUUUAGUCGCAGGAGCAACCUGAUUAAUCACUCCAGGAUUCACAGUGAACAUAAACAGUUCAGCUGCUCCGACUUCGGCAGAAGAUCCAUUCACAAGGGUAGUCUGAAGGACCACAUCCGAAUUCAUACAGGGGAGAAACCAUAUGAGUGCUCUGAAUGUAGAAAAACCUUUAGAUACAAGAAAAAUCUCAAGGACCACAUCCGAGUUCAUACAGGGGAGAAACCAUUAGGAUGCUCUGAAUGUAGAAAAACUUUGAGAUACAAGAAAAAUCUCAAGGACCACAUCCGAGUUCAUACAGGGGAGAAACCAUUUAAGUGCUCUGCAUGUAGAAAAACCUUUAGAUACAAGAAAAAUCUCAAGGACCACAUCCGAGUUCAUACAGGGGAGAAACCAUUUAAGUGCUCUGCAUGUAGAAAAACCUUUAGAUACAAGAAAAAUCCAUUUAAGUGCUCUGCAUGUAGAAAAACCUUUAGAUACAAGAAAAAUCUCAAGGACCACAUCCAAGUUCAUACAGGGGAGAAACCAUUUAAGUGCUCUGCAUGUAGAAAAACCUUUAGAUACACGAAAAAUCUCAAGAACCACAUCCGAGUUCAUACAGGGGAGAAACCAUUUAAGUGCUCUGCAUGUAGAAAAACCUUUAGAUACAAGAAAAAUCUCAAGGACUACAGCAGAAUUCAUUCAGGAGAAAAACCAUUAGGAUGCUUGAAGUGUUAUAAACGAUUUUUGCUACAAGGGUCAUCUGAAUAAUCACAUGAGAAUUCAUCAAAACCUGAAACCAUUUAUGUGCUCUAAAUGUGGCAAAACGUACACAUACAAGCACUGUCUGAAGGUCCACUUGAUGAGUCACAAUGAACGGAGGCAGUUCACAUGCUCCGAGCGUGACAAAACCUUUAAAUACAAGAUCAGCCUGAAGAGACACACCAGACUUCACGCGGGGAAGCAGCGUUCCGCGUGCGCAGCCUGUGGCAAAGAGUUCACAGAGGAGUCGACGUUAA